AUGCCCUCCCCCGAGAAUAUGCAAGAUGCCCGCCCCGUCCUCGGGCAUGUGAACCUCAUGGUCGACACACUGAUCGCAAACGCAACCCUGAACGAUUUGCAGGCGUUCGUCCGCACAACCCUCGCUACCUCAUGCCCGGCCGUCGCGGGUACAUUCACUGCGGCUGCGCGGCGACACCUUGCGAAGACGAACGCGGGAGCACUGCCUGACACCGGCACCUUGUUCGCGACCGCGGACGGCCGCAGGGCCCAGCCCACCCGCGAACUCUUCGCCGUUCUCGCGCGUAGCCGGAUGCUGUAUGGGGCCGGGAUGGGCCUCGCGGGGCUCGCGGUCCUCACCCAGGUCGUGCGAGCCACCGUCGGCAUGCAGUGGGCGAUAGAUAGCGAGUCGGAGGACGUGCUAGCCGCCGUCGACGCCGACAUGACGCAGGCGAUACAGAGCGCAAAGGAGGAGAUCGACGGCGGCAGGGUGGGGGAUGUAGCAGCCGCCAAGGAGGCGCACGGUGCGCUGCUGAAGGCCCUGAAGGACGAGAAACAGGACGUCGAGGCUUGGGGCGGAGACUUCCCUUUCGAGCGGGCGUUGUCGAGUGUGGAGCUGUGGAAGGUGUAG